UCCCACACCCCGUCGCCUCGCCCGUCCGUUGAGAGAGUCGUCCCCCCCGCGUGCUCUCCGCCUGCGGCCUCUAUCCCGCAACCAAAAACUACCAAAAAAAAAAGUUUCCCCAACCAAAUCCGCGAGAUCUAUCAGUAUCGAGCGACCUAUCAAUCCGAUAGCUAGGGUUUAGAGCCGAUUUCUUCUCAAAAAAUCUGAAAAAAAGUGGUCGAGGGGAGGCGAUGGCGGCGCAAGUGGCGGCGAACGGGGGCGCGGCGGGGGCUGCCCCCGCGGUGUUGUCGCCGGGAGCGGUCGGCGUCGGCGUGGCGCAGCCGCUUCCGACCACGUCGCUCUACGUGGGCGACCUGGAUGGGUCGGUCACGGACUCGCAGCUGUACGAGCUCUUCAGCCAGGCGGGGCAGGUGGUGUCGGUGCGCGUCUGCAGGGACGUCACCUCCCGCCGCUCGCUCGGAUACGCCUACGUCAACUUCAGCAACCCCUUGGAUGCUGUGAGAGCAUUGGAACUGCUGAACUUUGCUCUUCUUAACAACAAGCCUAUUCGGGUGAUGUAUUCGAACCGUGACCCAAGCAGCCGGAGGAGUGGCUCCGCUAACAUUUUCAUCAAGAACCUCGACAAGACAAUAGACAACAAAACUCUUCAUGAUACCUUUUCUACAUUUGGUACCAUUCUUUCAUGUAAGGUGGCCACAGAUGAAGUGGGCCAAUCAAAAGGCUUUGGUUUUGUUCAGUAUGAAAAAGAAGAAGCUGCACAGACUGCAAUUAAAAGUCUUAAUGGGAUGCUUAUCAAUGACAAGCCUGUUUAUGUUGGACAUUUUCUUCGCAAGCAAGAGAGAGACAAUUCUUUUGACAAGACAAAAUUUAACAAUGUCUUUGUGAAAAAUUUGUCUGAAUCUACCACACAGGAGGAUCUAGUAAAAUUUUUUGGUGAAUAUGGGAAUAUUACAAGUGCUGUUGUCAUGAUUGGCAUGGAUGGUAAAUCAAGGUGCUUUGGCUUCAUCAAUUUUGAGAAUCCAGAUGAUGCUGCCCGUGCUGUUCAGGAACUUAAUGGAAAAAAGAUAGAUGACAAAGAGUGGUAUGUUGGAAGAGCGCAGAAGAAGUCAGAAAGAGAGAUGGAACUAAAAAGGAGAUUUGAGCAAAGCAUGAAAGAUGCUGCUGACAAAUAUCAAGGACUGAACUUAUAUCUCAAGAACUUGGAUGAUAACAUUGGAGAUGAUCAACUUCGUGAAUUGUUCUCAAACUUUGGCAAAAUUACCUCGUGCAAGGUAAUGCUUGACCAAAAUGGCCUUAGCAAAGGCUCUGGCUUUGUUGCGUUUUCAACUCGUGAGGAAGCAUCUCAUGCUUUAACUGAAAUGAAUGGCAAAAUGAUAUCUGGAAAGCCAUUGUAUGUUGCAUUUGCACAGCGUAAAGAAGAUAGAAAAGUGAUGUUACAGGCACAAUUUUCUCAGAUGCGCCCUGCUGUACCAAUGACACCCACUCUGGCUCCCCGCCUACCAAUGUACUCUCCUUUGGCUCCUCAGCAACUCUUCUAUGGACAAGCUCCGCCAACUAUGAUACCCCCUCAGCCGGGAUUCGGUUUCCAGCAGCAGCUUGUUCCAGGCAUGAGACCUGGGGGUCCCCAUAUGCCAAAUUACUUUGUUCCGGUUGUUCAGCAAGGCCAACAGGGUCCGCGCCCAGGUAUUAGGCGCUCUGGUGCUGGGGCCCAGGGCCAGCAACCUGCUCAGUCAUUUCAGCAACAGAUGCUUCCACGAGGACGGAUGUACCGUUAUCAACCUGGCCGUAACAUGCCUGAAGCUCCGCCAAUGCCGGGGCUUGCUGGAGGUAUGAUUCAGCCGUACGAUAUGGGAAGCUUCCCAGUAAGAGAUGCUGUCUUAUCGCCUGCUGCUCAAAUUGGGACUCUGACUUCUGCCCUUGCAAAUGCUUCUCCGGAGCAGCAAAGAACGCUACUUGGUGAAAACCUGUACCCACUGGUUGAGCAACUGGAACCAAACCAAGCAGCCAAGGUCACUGGAAUGCUUUUGGAGAUGGAUCAGACAGAGGUUCUUCAUUUGCUCGAGUCUCCUGAGGCUCUCAAGUCCAAGGUUGCUGAGGCAAUGGAUGUUCUCCGCAAUGUGGCCCAUCAGCAGAAUCCAAACACCCCGACCGGUCAAGUUGCUGCGCUAUCACUGACCGAAGGCAUUAUCUCCUAACUUUGAGAAGUCGUAGCAAGCUUUAGUUUGCAAUUCCGUGUGGUGUUCCAGAGGUUAUCCGGCACAUGACAGUAUUGCUCCCUUGUUUUUUCCCGUGUGGUUGGACUUGAUUGAAUCGAGUUUCCAUACUGGAUGUUAGGUGCUAUUUUGUGCUGUCUGGUGUGAUGUCGUUACGGCGAGGUACUUAUUUCCAAGUUUGAGUACUACUGUGGGGCGUUGGUUACAUACCUUGAGACUUAUCGAAAGUUUUGCUGUUCAUGAUUGAGUGAGAAGGAAUAUCUUGAUCUUGUGUCAUGAAUCA